UCACGAUUUCGAAAUUUUUCAAACUUAUUUGUCAAUAAGACAAUUAAAGUUUUUAGAUAACUAUCUAUUUAUAAAUAGUUCUAGUUGAGUAACAAUAAAAAUGUAAAAAUCAUAUACCAGUCCAAACUCCUUUAUUCUGGUAUAGAUAUCACGUCAGCAAUCAUCAAGAAAGCUCCGAAGAGGGGAAAGCAACAGUCAGCGCCUGCUUGGCAGUUCUAGUACCAUAAUUUGUCUGAAGAGGGCUAUGUUUUCGUAGUGUCAGCCACCGUGUCACCGUGUUGUGCUCAUGUUGAAGCAGUGUUUGCAUUCGCACUCGUCGUUUUUGCCGUCCGUCAUCGUCUCAGUGGUUAUUCUUGUGGUGCUACCGCGUGUUACAGAUAUAAUAUUCAUCUGGAACACAUAAUAAUAGUCCAAAGUAUAAGUUAACAAAAAUGGAUGUCAACUUACUGGUUCAACAAUUCCAGUACGCGAUACCUGUAGGUAUCGUUCUAGUCUGUGCUGUCCUCGUUUUUGCGUUUGGCUUUAAAAAUGCUGAACAGCCACCAUUCGCUCAGCUUUCUGCCGUUUCGGACGUGGACCGGAAACAAGCAAACAAAAAACGAAGUAAAAUAAAGGAAAAGCGUGCUGCAAGUAAUCAAAUUGCUAAUGAAAAAGCAAGCCCAAUAAAAAAGGGAUCUCCUGCAAAGACUGAAUCAGCAAAAAAAUCGGUUUCCAAAGGUGAACAUGAUGAUGGAAAAUUGAAAGAAAGGAAACACGAAAAUAAUACCCAAGUUGAUAACAAAAAAGAAAAAAAUCAGAUAUCUUCUAAAUCUGGAAAGGAAAAUAAAGUCGAGCAAGUUAAGAAUAAGAAGAAUAUGAAGAAUUUAAUUCUUGAGAAACCAGUCGACUUUGAUGAAGGUGACUGGGAACAAGCUUACUCACGUAAAGAUAAGAAAAAGAAGAAAGAAGAAGAGUCUCCGAAAAAGAAUAAGAAAUCUAAGAAGAAUGAGUUGGUGAAUGGAGCUGUUGCCAAAGAAAUCAAUCAAGAAAAGGUUGAGAUUAAAGACAAAGUUGCCAAGGAAACUGAAAAUAAAGAAUUGAAAGAAAAAAAUCAGAAAGAAGUCAUUUUAGAACCUAUUAGUGAUAAUAUUGUGGCUGAACCUAUUAAAGUUGAACCAAAAGAAGAAAUCAAAAAGGCUGAAAAAAUAGAAAAGCCCGACAAAGAAGAUAAGAAAAGUACCAAAUCUAAAAAAACUAAAAAAUCUAAUGAAACUGAAAAUACUCAAGUAUCCAAUGGAGCUCGAGUUGAGAAGGAAUUAUCAGAAAAAAUAGUUGAGAAAAAGCUUGAAGAAAACGAAGAAGUUCAAAAGACUGAGCCAGUUCAAGUUAAUAAAGUAAAUGAAGAAGUUUCCGCUGAUAAAGGUGCUCCUGUUUUUGAUGAAUUAGGAGAUGUAUGGACAGAAGCCAAACCUCAAAAGAAGAGUAAGAAGAAAGCCCGUAAAGAUAAUUGAAGAUAUUCGACUCCAAAGUAAUAAUUUUUUCAUAAAAAUUAUUAAAUUACGAAAAGGAGAGAAUAUCGAAGAUAAAAAAACGAAAAAACCUGAUAUUCAUUGAUAUCAGGUGCUCAGUCAACGGAGAGCUUCAGUUAUUGAUUGAGUUAUCAUCAAAAAUGUGAGUCUUUCUUUGCAGUUACUAUUCCAUCAAUUCUGUUUUUUUUAUGCACUCAAUUUUGACUAUUUUUCUACAACAAUCAAAAUGAUAAUUUGAUUGUAAUAAGUGACUACUUGUUACAAAAAUCAACCGUUUAAUAUUAAGUGAUUGUUAUUUAAAUUCGUAUAUUAUCGAUUGAUUCCCAUUCCCGAUAAUUCAAGAUUUUUUGAAUAGUUUUCAUUCUUGUUUCGAUUUUAUAAUUUAUCGUUUGGUAUUAAUGACUUUAAAAAACUUUUUAAUUAGAUUUAUUAGGUCUAAUACGAUACAAUAUAAAGCUCAAAAUUAAUUUGUGAUCACUACGGAGGUAUUCUUGAAUAAGAGAUGAUGGAGUUAUAAUUUGAAUUAUUUUCAAAUUGAUUUAAACAAUUUAAUUACUCUAUUCAUUGCUAAUUAUUAAAUUAUUUUUUCAUGAAAUUUAGUAUGUACGAAAUUUGAAAAAAGAUAUAAUUAUCUUCUCGAUUUAUUAACUAAUUGAUUUAAAAGAAAAUCAUGAAUUAAACUCAAUAAGUUUAAUAAAUAGUCAUACUAAUUGUUACUUCAUUUAAUAGGACAGUAAUGAAUGGAACUUAUUCGAAUAAAUAAUUUCCAUUCAUAAUACGAUAAUAUACAACAUUAAAUAUACUUGGUGGCAGCUAAAAAAUUUAAUUUUUGCAUAUGCUGUUGCAAAAUUGUAAUUAUUACUUUUAUUACAGUUGUUAUAAAUUAUAUUUAAUGAACACAAUGAUUUCUUUAAUAAGGAAAAAACAGAAAAGAUCAAUAAAAAUUAUAAAUAUAGAUAGACGUAUAAAAAUAUUCAAGAAUAUACACUCUUGCGUCUAUUUAAAAUCAAAUAAGACCGAUUAUUUGAAGUAUCUUGAGCAUACAGAAUAUUCUCUCAGUCCUUCAUUGAUGAGUAGAUUACUAUUUUGUGAUAGCAACAAAGAACAGCCAACAAAAGACAUUAAAUAGUAAAUGUGAAGAUAAUGCAACAAUGUGAUAAGUGUACUCGAUACCUGAACUUUGAAUGACACUUAUUUUUUUGCUCUAUCAUUCACUUCUCAAUUAAUAAUCCUAUAUAACUACAUAAAUAUCAUUCAUUUAAGACUAUAAAUAUUCUUCACAAUAUUAAAAGGAAUGUAUCUGAAAUACUUUAUUUCUUUCUUGAUCAUUUUUUUCAUAGUGAUUCGCUGAAGAUGAUUUGCUAGAAAAAUUCAGUAGAAACGAUUAAAAUACUUUUACGAUUUUUCUUUGUUGAUUUCUAUUUUGAAAUAAGAAUAGAGAUGAUGAUCAAUAGUGAAUGAAAUAUUUCUUGUUGGAUAUUUUCUUGUUGAAAUUUCAAUGAAUUAAUUUAAUUUAAAAUAUAUUUUCU